UAUCAUCUAGACUACUAGGACUAGAAUCUAAAAUCUAGUUCGUAGAUCUAGUUCUAAUGUAGAGUCUAUCUACAGACUCUAAAAUUAGUAGUCUAAAAUUCGAUGAAAUAUGAUUAAAUAUCUUUUAAUCCAGAUAAUAGGAGAUAUUGAAAUUGAGUUAAGACUAAGACUACAGAGAAUGAAGUAUUAAACUUGAAGAACUUAGAAAAUGUAAUCAGUGAUUUUAACCAACAAAAAAUGCAUUUUUUUCUGACUACCAAGAGCAUUAUUUCAUUGUCAUUAUGCACUAGAAAACUGAUUGACAAGUUAUCUAUAUGUGUGCGCCAAAAAUCUCACUAUGAAACUUUAGGAGUGACCCGCACAGCCACAAAAAGUGAAAUCCGCCAAGCUUUUCUUAAGUUGUCCAAGCAAUGUCAUCCUGAUAGAAGUAGCGGAAAGGGGGACAAAUCAAAUAGAGAGCAUCACAAAAAAUUUGUGCAGAUCAAUGAGGCAUAUUCAGUUCUGAGUAAACCAUUAACCAGGAGAGACUAUGAUUCAACCUUGGAUGCAGAGCGCUAUGUAGCUAGUCGCAUGAAGUCAUCUGCUUAUCGCACGCAUUCUUAUGGAAAUAACUCUGAUCCUGGCCAUACGUAUUAUAGAAAUAUUUACAAUGAAACUUAUUGGAAUGAUUACAGUGAUGGUAAAAAGGAAACUUUUGGCCCAAUGACAGAGAUUUUUUGGGUAACAUUUACAGUGACUACAGUUAUAAUUAUAGGCAUUCUGUAUUACAUGAACACUUUCAUAUCAGACCCUAAAUUGAAAAAGCUGCGUACUAAUUUGACUCAAGAAGAAGUAGACAAGUAUGAUUUAAUAAUGACAUCAACACAUGAAGGCAGCACUGUUUAUUAUUAUGCCAUUCCAAAAAAGAAUGACCCUAGUAAUUUUGAAAUUUUGACACUAAAACGUGAUAAAGUUGAAGGCUCAGAGCUUAAUAGAUUAUCAGAAUUAACAGAUGUGUAUGGUGAAAGAGAAGAAACUUGAUUAAAAUUAUUAAUCAUUAGUGUUAAAAUUUGAUAUUUGUAUAUAUGUAGUCUAAAUAAUGUCACAUUUAGGUAUUUUUAAUAAAUUAACAUGCAUAAAUAAACAAAUUGUAUAUAUUUUAUGUUUUUUUCGCACUUGUUUAUGAUUGAAAUUUUAGUGGAAUUGUGCUAACAAAAUUUUUAAUGCAAGUUUUCAGGAUUGAUAAUUAUAACUUGCACAUUAAACAUUGAGACAUCUACUGCAACUGACUGAGCAACUCUAAGAGUUUUUUCUCAAGUGGUUCAUAGGUUAGGUUAAGUAAAGCUCCUCAGCUCAGUAGACAACAGUUAAUGAGAAUAUUAAGUACACAGACCAUUGAAUUCGUUACUUUCUCUAAGCAAUCUAUGCCUGCCAAUGAAAAAGCUGCUAAGUUUCAGUGUUAUCCUUAUAUUUCCAGUAAAUAUCCUGGUCUCCACCAUGAGUCAAAGACUAAACCAUUUGUCCACCAUGUUCCUUUUCUCUGCUGCCUUUUAACUGACUGAGUUGAUUUUGUCACAAGACUCUCUGUCCUUGAAAAUUUGAAGUUUUGAUAUCCAGAGUAGGAGACACAAACUAAAUAAAAUAUAUAUGAUAUUUGAUUGGUGAUAUUAAUAUUACAAGGUUUAUUUCUGUUCAAGCAUACAUGUAUUUUGUUUUGAAAUUUGAAACCAAUAUUAAAUGUGUUAUUUUAAAUUGGUUUUUGAAAUGUAAAAAUUAUAUAUUUAUGGUUUGUUAUAUUUCUUAUGGAUAAUAAUGUAAUGUUAGGAGAUCUUAGAUUUUCUUUGUUUGCAUUAAGUCUAAUAAAAUAAGUAGGUCCCAGAUGCCACUUGUAAUACUGCACUCUUCCUUACUCUUUGGACUUGAAGACAAUGCCUUAUAAAUAUAUUUUUACAUUUAAAUAAACAAUUUUUCUUUUUAAAUACUAGCCCUUAAAAUGUUUACUUAUGAGAACUAAGAGUGAUAUAAUUUUCAUGUUCUGCAUUUCCCUGAGGUUGUAGUUAAAUUUCAUCUUUCUGGUAUCCAGUAAAACAAAUUGAGGCUGUAAAUAAUAAUAAUCCUACUAGAUAACUUUAAUCAAAUUGUAAGCUUUAUCCUACGUUAUAUAAAUUUCAGAUGUUCCCUUAAAAAAUGAUUGCUAUCUAUUCUUAUCCAUAUUUUAACUUAAAUGCUCUAAUACAGCACUUGGGAAGACAAAGUUCUUAUGUAAAUUUGUCCUGGUGUAUGGAGAAAAAUGGGCUUUUAUCUUUAAACCUUUUAUUUUUUUUAGUAGUAAAUUAUUGUUUAAUGUUUUAUGUGUUAUUGUUUAAUUACUUUGUUUGAUUUAUGUCUUGCAGAGUCUCUAGGUUAACUGAUUUUAACCAAUGAUAUUACUCUAAUUAAAUAUAAGUACUUGUAUUUAUUUGUCAUAUACCUUUCAACCCUUUUUUUUUUAAUUUUUUGUUCUUAUUUCUGGGGUUGAGGGAUCCCAAAACAGAAGUACAUAUUCUAGUAUUGUAUAUAUUAUGUUUUUUUAUGGGCUGUACAAAUGUUCUAAAUCACUAUAUAAUUUCAUCAGUAUGGGCUUCCUUUAUGUAUGUCAUUUAUUAUGACUCCUAAGAUAAGUACUCUUUAUUUGUUGAAUUUUUUAUUAAAUUUUAUUUUGCUACUUUUCACAGUGAAAAGAAAAUCUCCAAUUUGAUUCAUAUUUCUGUUAUUCAUUUAUUGUAUUUUCGUGCAUAUAACCCGCAGAUUAUACACAUUUUUACAAACUAAUGGUAGCUGUACAGGUUAUACAAAGGUGCGGGGGCUUACUAAAAUUUAUUUUACUCAUAAACAUUGCAGAAUGGAAACACCAGUAGGUCUUCAUACCUCCUAUAGAUCGCUGGGUGGUUGUGAAAUGUACAUUGUAAAGCUUUAUGAACAUCUCAUUAUAAACCUCAAGAAAACAAAUUGUACUGAUGCGGCAUGGAAUCUUUAUUAAACCAGUAAUCAGUUGUGACAAGUCACAUGUGGGUUAUAUAUAUAUGAGUGCGGGUUGUACAAUUUUGUUUUUACUUAUUUUGUAAUUUGUGAGGGGUAUAUGCACGAAAAUACAGUAAUUCUCUUUGUAAAAUGUCAGUUGUUUUUUUUUGUGUUAUUUUUUUUUAUCUAUAUUCUAUGCACUCGUCUGCUUUCAAAUAUUUUCUAAUAAAUUAAUCAAGCUAAUAAAGGUAACAGAGUACCCGUACCAACAAUUCUAGAAAUUUAUGUAAAGCAAACUUUAUUUUCAUGGUGGGAAGCGUGGUUGAGAGGCUAAGUGCGCUUGAACUUGGCUUGUCUUGGCUACCUAGAAGGGGGCUCGAGGUUCGACACCCGACUCGGGCAGAGUUGUGUUUACUGAGCGCUUAAAGGCAGCACGGAAAACCAACUCCUAGAUUCCCCCCCCCCCCCACUGGUCCACAAAUGAGAUUGGACCAAAGCGCUCUGAGCAUGCUAUAAGCAUAAAAGCUAUAAUAAUAAUGUCACAUGGUUGUUUGCUUAUUAAGCUGUUUUUUUGUUAUUGACAUUAAAAAUAUUUUAAAAUGAUUAAUGCAUGCAGUAAUUUGCAAAAACAUUGUAUAAUGAUGAUACUUAUUAAAUUAUUUAAUCAUU